GCGGCGCAGGAGCGGGGCCUGCCUGGAGGAGGCGGCCUGCGGCGGGGAUGGCGGCGGCGCUGGCGUCGUGGGCGCGGCGGAGAUGAGCGCCGUUGGCCCCAGGCCCAGGCGGGCGGCGUGGCCGGAGUGGGCGGGGGUCCCGAUGCAGGCCCGAGGGGGGCCAUGGGGCAGGUCCUGCCGGUCUUCGCCCACUGCAAAGAAGCUCCAUCGACAGCCUCCUCUACCCCGGACUCCACAGAAGGUGGAAACGACGACUCGGAAUUUCGGGAGCUGCACACAGCCCGGGAAUUCUCAGAGGACGACGACGAAGAGACCACGUCGCAGGACUGGGGCACCCCCCGAGAGCUGACUUUCUCCUACAUCGCCUUCGACGGUGCCGUGGGCUCUGGGGCCCGCCGGGAUUCGCUAGCUCGACGCCCCCGACCCCAGGGUCGAUCGGUCUCAGAACCUCGAGACCCGGCCCCCCAGCCAGGCCUCGGGGACAGUUUGGAGAGCAUCCCCAGCCUGAGCCAGUCCCCAGAACCCGGGCGCCCCAGCAGCGAGCUGGACCCGGCGGUGCCCAUCACCAUCACCGCCGCCGAUCGCCCACUGGAGGACUUGCGGCUCCGCCUGGAUCGGCUGGGCUGGGCGACUCGGGGCUCGGCGUCCGGGGAGGACUCGGACACCACGAGCUCCACCAGCCCGCUGGAGGACGAAGAAGAGCCCGAAGAAGCCGAGAGGCGGCUGGAGGCGAGCACAGAUUUGGAUCGACAGAUCGGGGGGCUCGCCCGGCCAUCGCCGCUGCAAAGUCCCGCUGCUGGGAGCCCCAGGGCCUGCACCCCGUCUCCUCCUCCAGGGUCGGCCGGUCCCAACUGUGCAAUUGACCAGCCCUCGCGGAAGCAGGGGGAAGAGCCAAGGGGGCAGCUGGAGCGGGAGCCAAUCAGCGGGCAGAGCCUCGAUAGCGCCGACCAAUCAGGAUUCACGCUGGAGCCACGCCCUCGAGGUAUGGCCGACCUGCUGUACUGGACGGACUCCAGGACGUCGGGCGCCGUGUUCACGGGCCUCAUGGUCUCCCUGCUCUGCCUCCUGCACUUCAGCAUUGUGUCGGUGGCCGCAAACUUGGCCCUGCUGCUGCUCGGCGCCACCAUCUCUCUCAGGGUUUACCGCAAAGUGCUGCAGGCCUUGCAUCGGGGUGAUGGCGCCAACCCCUUCCAGGCCUACCUGGAUGUGGACCUGACCUUGACCCAGGAGCAGACAGAACGCCUGUCCAAGCUCAUCGCCUCCCAUGUGGUCUCGGGGGUCACGCAGCUGCGGCAUUUCUUCCUCGUGGAAGACCUCGUGGACUCUCUCAAGCUGGCCCUUCUCUUCUACAUCUUGACCUUCGUGGGUGCUGUCUUUAAUGGAUUGACUCUUCUCAUUCUGGGAGUGAUUGGUUUAUUCACCCUCCCCCUGCUGUACCGGCAACAUCAGGCCCAGAUAGACCAGUAUGUGGGAUUGGUGACCAACCAGCUGAGCCACAUCAAAGCUAAGAUCCAAGCUAAGAUCCCAGGGACUGGAGCCCUCACCUCUGCAGUCUCCGGAUCCAAAGCCAAAGCUGAAUGAAAGGGGGGUGUCUCUACCAGAGGGACGUCUGCUCCCACCCCCUGCAGCCCCUCUGCCCACCCCCCCGUCUUUAUUACCCACCCAUCCCCACCCCUUACCCUGCCACUGACUGGCUCGAGCCAUUUCCCUGCGGUGUCCACCGCGGGUUUGCGCAAAUUGCCUGAGCGGACUACAUUUCCCGAGAGGCUCUGCUCUAAGAGUCCGGAAAGAAGAGAGGCACCUCGGCCCCGGGGCCCGUUGGGACUUGUAGUUCACCCAGAUAGGGCCCGCAGCCCUUGCUGCACUUUGGCGGUCUCGCCGCUGGAGGCGCUGUGACGACCGGUGUCUCCUGGACGCCGCUGGCCCCCCUUGGCCGGGGCUUUGCAUGGGGCCCCAGGGAGGCCUGAGCUUGGAUUUACACUGUAAUAAAGACUCAUGUGGAAAAAAUCCAAAA